CUUAGUUGGGUAUAUACUAGAUAAUGGAAGCUCCAAAUUAUAUGAACUCUCUGUAUCCUUACUAUUUCCAGACAACUACUUCCUCCAAAGUUGGCUACUCAGAUAGAAAAACAGGAAUAGAGACUAGAAACUGUUCUCAUAAAGGCUUGAGCUUGAAUCAGAUAAGUAUGGCUGCAAAAAAAGAUCAAUUACAAGAAAAAUUAAGCAUCUGAUUGAUGCACAUUGAGUUUGAUCUCCAGAGAAAAAUGCUCAAUAUUCCAGAUUCUCAUUGCCAAGAGGUCUCAGUACAAAAAGUACAACAUAGUAUUUGAAUGAGUAUCUCAUCUAACUAUGAAGAAGAGAAAUAUUUAACCAGAGAUGCGAGUGUGUUAAAUGAUUCAUGGAAAACUAGAAACAUCAUCCAGAACCAAACCUCACAAACUAACGUCGACAACCUUAAUGCCCUCAAGGGCUAUCCAUACUCUUCCACCAUGCAGUCCAACUCCAAAAACGGCAAAUUGAUCAUGGUCUACAAGUGCGAGUUCAACGGGUGCCACAAAACAUUCAUGAGGACCUGGAACUUGCUUGACCACAUCAGGAUGCACUACGGAAUCAAACCCUAUAUGUGCAAGUUCUGCGGCAAAGGCUUCACUCAAAAAGGCAACAUGCGCAAGCACCUGAUUCAGCACGAGAAGCCUCAUCUGAGCAACCGCAAGAAAUUCAAGUGCGAGUUUUGCAGCAGCAGCUUCACCGAAAGGUACAAUUACAGAACACACGUGGAGAAUAAACAUGGAAUCAGCUCAGCAGUUCCAAAUUUCAAUGAGAGCUUUCAGAAUAGCAUGCACUACAGCUCAUAA